GAUUCGGAGUUUGAGUUGGAGUUUGGCGCAAAUGCGUUUUGUGAAGCCAGCCGACGGCAACAAGUUGAAAGUUAUUAAUGUGGUCGCCAGUCAAAUUCAAGCUGACAGUAAAUCCAGCACCAACAACAACAACAACCAAAGCAAGAACUUUUAAAAGAAUUGCAAACAUCGAUAAUAAUAAUAACAAACAAUUUCUGCACAGCUGACAAACACUCAACAAAGAGUGCAAUAAUUAUAAAUAACAAAUAUAAUCAUUUAGUUUAACGUUAUACAUACAUACAAACAACAAAAUAAAACUCAAGUGAUAGCAAGUGAAACAGAAACGAAGGAAAUUAAAUACGAAUACAUUUAAGUUUCAUGCGGAAAAAUAAAAACGUUUUAUAAGAAAACAAGAACUUCAUCGCACAGCAGAUCACUCAAAGGCCAAAGCAAAGCCAACAGCAUAACUGUACUUUACUAAGCAAUCGAGCUUGGCAAAGUCAAAGAACAGUUAACGAACCGGACCAAAAACCCGAACCAAAGUCUCUUUGAAUUUUCAUAUAUAUUUUUUUUUGCUACGCGCACAAAAACCAAACCAAAACUUGAACUAUAGAAUGGUAGAAGGUGAUUCUGCAAAAAGUAAAAGCGAAUCCUAUAAUGUAGAAGCUGGCCUACAACCAAACUACAAUCAGAACAACGCGGCCAACGCGGGCAACGCAGCAAGCAAUCCCAACCAUUCAGCAAGCCUAACCGGUUCGAUAGGCAACUCUGGCAAUUCGGCAACGCCGCAGCAUAUUGAUAAUCGGGCGAUCAUCCAACCGUAUUCAUUGGGCACCCCAAGCGCCAAGCAGCCCGAAUAUCAAUUUGCAGCUGACAAUCGCGGCUACGAGCCCGAGUUCAAUCAAAAUGGCAAGCAGGACGUAGAACGUGUCGCCUCUGGCGGCGGAGGAGGCGGCGGUGAUGGCUCCGAUGAUGCGGCCGCUGAUCAUAAGCGUCGUCGCAGCAAGACACCGUUGCCACCACCGACCCGUCCCAUAGUCGCCAACUUUGAGCGGGCCAUCGAGCUGUGCGAAUAUGGCAAAUUCCAUUAUAUACUGCUGGCCAUUUGUGGCCUGGUCAGCACAUCGGAGGAAAUGGAUGUCAUCUCGAUGUCAUUCAUCUUGCCAUCGGCACAAUGUGAUUUGGGCUUGAACACGGAAACGAAAGGAUGGCUCAACUCGAUCAUCUUCAUUGGCAUGAUGGUUGGCGCCUAUUUCUGGGGCAGCAUUGCCGACAGUUUUGGUCGCAAAAAGAUCCUCAUUGUCAUCUCGUUUAUGAACGCGUUCUGCAUUGUUGCCUCGUCGUUUUCGCAAACUUAUGGCUACUUUAUGCUCUUUCGUUUUCUCAAUGGCGCAGCGCUGGGCGGCAGUGGUCCUGUCAUCUGGUCGUAUUUCGCCGAAUUCCAGCCGAAAGCGAAACGUGGCUCCAUGCUUAGCUUCAUGGCUGCCUUCUGGACCUUUGGUAACCUGUUUGUGGCCGGUUUGGCCUGGCUGAUCAUUCCCACGAAAAUUGGUUUCAUCUCACAAUACUUCACAUAUAACUCGUGGCGUAUAUUUUUGCUGGUCUGCUCGUUCCCAUCGUUUCUGGUUGGCUUCCUGCUCUUCUAUUUGCCCGAAUCACCCAAAUUCCUGUUGACUCGCGGCAAAAAGGACAAGGCAUUGGCCAUCUUUCGGGGCAUCUUUGUGACGAACACGAAAAAGAAGCCCGAAGAAUAUAUGGUCUAUGAUCUGGAGGUCGAUGAGAAACUGAACACUGAAAGCGCCCAGGGAUUCAAGGGCAAAUACCAUCGCAUGAUCAGUGGAAUGGUCGACCACAGUCGCGAUCUGUUCAAAUCGCCCAUCUUGAGAUUCACACUUGUCUCGAUCACCAUCAACUUUACAUUCCACAUUGGCUACUAUGGUCUGAUGAUGUGGUUCCCAGAGGUGUUCAAUCGCUAUGAGGAGUACGAGAAGGGUCAUCCCAAUCAGGAGGCUGACAUUUGCGGCGUCACCGAGUACGUUGUCACGCUGAGCAAGUCCAAGGUCGAUAAUGGCACAUGCAACUCCGAUAUCCCAUCGUCUGUGUUCAUGGAAUCACUGAUCACGCUUGCCUCCGCCCUGCCAGCGAAUCUGUUUGCCAUCCUUGGCAUGGAUAUGUUGGGACGACGAUUCUUCCUGAUUGCCGGCACAAUGACGGCUGGCAUUUGCUCGGCGCUCAUGUAUUUGGUGCGCAGCUCGUUGCAGAAUCUCUUGGUAUCGGCCGUAUUCAGUGGCGCGAUCUCGGCGGCAAAUGCCGCACUUGAUUGCCUCAUCACCGAAGUAUUCCCCACGAAGUUGCGUGCCACCGGUGUGGCCAUCUCGAUGGUGGCCGCCCGUUUGGGUGGCAUCAUUGGCAACAUUGUGAUUGCCCAGCUCUUGGAUCAUUUCUGCCCGGUGCCGACGUUCAUAGUCUCUGGACUGUUAAUUGGCGGCGGUCUAAUGUGCCUCUUGCUGCCCAAUACGACGCGAAAGGAGCUCAAUUAAGCAACAAACGAUUCACUAAUACUAUCGAUAACUAUCGAUAACAAUAGCACAGCCCAAUAGCCCCAGAUUAAUAACCGAUUAACAACAACAACAUUUUGCAAUAGUAUGAUAUCAAAAACCGCACACAGAACUUAACCCGCCCCAUUCAAACAACCUUCCAGCCAUCCAACUCCACCUUUCCCCCCGUCACCAACAACCACCGCUUUAACUCCUUUUGCAGCACCCCGCCAUUUUGGGGGCGGGAACUCGUAUUGUUUUGUACGUAUGUAUUUACAACAAAAAAAAAAAAAACUAAAAACAAAAAAAAAUGAAAAAGAAAUAUAUGUAU